AUGGGUAUCCGAAAAAGCGUCCCCUUUCUCGUCUUCUUCCUUCUAUUCUGCUUUCCGAUGGCAGAUGGAGCAUUCAUAACUCCGACCCAAUUCAUCAGAGAUGGCGAAACCAUAGACUCUGAUGGCGGAAGCUUCAAACUGGGCUUCUUUAGCCCAGAAAAUUCGAAGAACCGCUACGUCGGGAUAUGGUUUGCUAAAAUCCCAACGCAAACAGUUGUGUGGAUCGCUAAUAGAGAAAACCCAGUUACAGAUUCUUCAGGAGUAUUCAAAAUCGGAAGUGAUGGAAACCUUGUGGUUUUGGAUGGGAAGCAAAACAUCAUAUGGUCUUCGAACGUCUCAACCACAUCAAAUGACACAUCCGCAGAGUUCUUCGAUACGGGAAAUCUUGUAUUGAAGAAGGAACGCUUGGAUGAAACCCAUAGAAUCUUGUGGGAGAGUUUCAACCAUCCUUCUGAUACGUUCAUUGCUGGAAUGAAAUUCGGGUUGAAUUUGAAAACUGGAGAAAACCAAGUUCUCAAAUCAUGGAAAAGCCCUAGCGACCCAUCUUCUGGAAACUUCUCAUUAGGGUUUGAUCCGAGGGGGAUCCCACAGAUUGUCAUUUGGGAAUCAUCGAGUGUUUAUUGGAGAAGCGGGCAGUGGAAUGGGCAACUUCUCACUGGUGUGCCAGAAAUGACAUCUUUCUCUCUCUAUGGAUUCAACAUCAUAAUCGAUGAUGUAGAAGGGAGGAUAUAUUGCACGUAUUCAGAUAAAAAUAUUCCAUCUAGGUUCGUUAUUAGUUCGAUGGGGAAACUAGAGCGGUCGUAUUGGAUUGAGAAUCAAGGAGCAUGGAAUGUUGUCUGGUCGCAAUCCAACGCAGAAUGUGAGAUGUAUGGGAGGUGUGGCCCGUUUGGAAGUUGUGAUCAGGGCCGGAAACCUGUUUGUGGGUGCUUGCCGGGUUUUGAGCCAGCGUCGCAGAUAGAUUGGCAUUUGGGGAAUUGGAGUGGUGGGUGUGUGAGGAGGACAGAGCUGCAGUGUGGGAAGAAUGGUAGCAGCAGUGGGGAUGGAUUCAUGAAGUUUUCAGGUGUGAAACCGCCAGACAAUUCUCAUCCGGUGGCCGUCGAGAGCACGGAGGAUUGCGAAUCGAGCUGUCGGAGGAACUGUUCUUGCAUUGCAUUUGCAUAUGAGAGUGGGUUUGGAUGUUUGACAUGGGCUGAGGUUUUGAAUGAUAUACAGGAAUUUCCUCAAGGAGGGCAGGAUCUCUAUAUCCGUCUUGCCAUGGUAGAAUUAGAAACACAGGAGAAGAAGAAGAAGAGAAACAGCCAAAAAAUGCGUUUUUGGGAAUUGGGUAGUUCCAAGAACUCCAAUAGAAAGUUUGGGGACUCUGAUAAAGGCCCUGAUUUGCCAUUAUUUGGUUUGGAUCAUGUCAGGGUUGCAACAGACAACUUUUGUGGAGCAAAUAAGCUUGGAGAAGGAGGUUUUGGUCCUGUUUACAAGGGUAAGUUUCCCAACGGACAGGAAAUAGCUGUGAAAAGACUUUCAAAAGGAUCAGGACAAGGACUCCUGGAAUUUGAGAAUGAGGUUAUUCUCAUAGCCAAACUCCAACACAGGAAUCUUGUUAGGCUCUUGGGGUGUUGCAUUGAAGGGGAAGAGAAGCUGCUGGUGUAUGAAUUCAUGCCUAACAAUAGCUUGGACUUUUUUCUCUUUGAUCAACACAAAAGAGCACUGCUAGAUUGGAGAAAGCGAUUCAACAUCAUCGAAGGGAUCGCAAGAGGCCUUCUUUAUCUUCAUCGUGAUUCAAGAUUGAGGAUCAUACAUAGGGAUCUGAAGGCUAGCAACAUUCUUUUGGAUGAUGAGAUGAACCCUAAAAUUUCUGACUUUGGUAUGGCGAAGAUUUUUGGAGGGAAUCAAAACCAAGCAAAUACCAUGAGAGUAGUAGGAACAUAUGGCUAUAUGGCUCCAGAAUACGCCAUGGAAGGUCUUUUCUCAGUGAAAUCUGAUGUGUAUAGUUUCGGAGUUCUACUACUUGAAAUCAUCAGUGGUAGAAGGAAUGCUAGUUUCUACCACCCUGAGCAGCCUCUAAACCUUCUUGGAUAUGCAUGGAAGCAAUGGAAGGAAGAGAAGAUGCUGGAGCUGAUGGAUGCAUCAAUGAGCGAUUCCUAUUCGGCAUGCGAAGUGCUGAGAUGCAUACAUGUGGGGCUGCUGUGCGUGCAAGAUAUCGCUGCUGAUAGACCGACCAUGGAUUCCGUAGUUUUCAUGCUCGGCAAUGAAGCUGCAACUCUUCCAAUGCCAAAACAACCUGCGUUUUCGGUAGCAAGAAUUCCCCGAGAGAGUGACCUGUACCCGAUCACCUCCGAAAUCUGUUCAGUAAAUGAUGUCACAAUUUCGACGGUCCAGGGACGGUGA